AAACCAAGUUGACAAAAAAAAUUGAAAAGCUCACGCCCCUUCUCAUCUCGGUUUUUUCUCGUAUUAUUUGUGAAAGUGCAACAAACACAUAUAUAUUAAAAAGAAAGGGAGAGGGAGAGGAGAGCGGAUAGGUCCUGCUAGAGGAAUUGCCAUCAUUUGGGGAUUACGGAAUUAUCGGGAUCCGUUCUCAUUAAAAUGGAUUUAAGCCAAUGCCGAUGUGCUGAGCUGCAUUUGUGCAUGGGAUUAUCGAUUGUAAUGCGCAGUCAUCAAAUUAUGUUUGAACAACGCCGCCGCAACAGCGAUAACAGCAACAGCAACAACAACAACAGAAGCAGCAACAAACAUUGAAUUGGCCCCUGACCCCCUUUUUUGCCGCACCCCCUACGCCCCUGCCCACCAAAAAAGGAGCAGCGAAAAAGAAGAAUCGUCUUAUGAAACAAUUGAAGCACCGGCCAAAGGAGCAAAGGAGCAGACAAAGACAAAGACAAAAACAACGGCAAAGGCAAAGGCUAAAGCGGAGACCGAGAAGAAGAAGCAGCAAAGGAGACAGCAACAACAGGAGCAACAACAACAACAUCGCAUUUUUAAACGGCAAUACGCAAAGAUAUGACAAGUGAUGGUGCUGUUACGUUUUGGAUAUUUUUGCUUUGUUUGAUCGCCUCGCCGCACCUGAAAGGGGGCGUGGCCGGGAGGCCCGAUGAGCUGCACAUCGGCGGCAUCUUUCCGAUAGCCGGCAAGGGAGGAUGGCAGGGCGGACAGGCCUGUAUGCCUGCCGCAAGACUGGCGUUGGAUGAUGUCAACAAGCAGCCGAAUCUGCUGCCGGGCUUCAAGCUCAUCCUGCACAGCAAUGACAGCGAGUGUGAGCCCGGUUUGGGCGCCAGCGUGAUGUACAAUCUGCUCUAUAAUAAACCGCAAAAGCUGAUGCUGUUGGCUGGAUGCAGCACGGUCUGCACCACUGUGGCCGAGGCUGCCAAAAUGUGGAAUCUAAUUGUGCUCUGCUAUGGGGCCUCUAGUCCGGCUCUGUCGGAUCGCAAACGGUUUCCCACACUAUUCCGCACCCAUCCAUCGGCCACGGUGCACAAUCCCACACGCAUCAAGCUGAUGAAGAAGUUUGGAUGGUCACGAGUGGCCAUUCUGCAACAGGCCGAGGAGGUCUUUAUAUCGACCGUAGAGGAUCUCGAGAAUCGAUGCAUGGAGGCUGGCGUUGAAAUCGUAACUAGACAAUCAUUUCUUUCCGAUCCAACAGACGCCGUGCGCAAUUUGCGACGCCAGGAUGCACGCAUCAUUGUGGGACUCUUCUAUGUGGUGGCCGCCCGACGGGUUCUCUGCGAGAUGUACAAGCAGCAGCUCUAUGGUAGAGCCCAUGUAUGGUUCUUCAUUGGCUGGUACGAAGACAAUUGGUACGAGGUCAACCUAAAAGCAGAGGGCAUUACCUGCACUGUAGAGCAAAUGCGGAUAGCUGCCGAGGGACAUCUGACGACAGAAGCUCUUAUGUGGAAUCAGAACAAUCAGACAACUAUAUCCGGAAUGACUGCAGAGGAAUUUCGACAUCGACUGAAUCAGGCGUUAAUCGAAGAGGGUUACGACAUUAAUCACGAUCGCUACCCGGAGGGUUAUCAGGAGGCUCCGCUUGCCUACGAUGCCGUAUGGAGUGUGGCUUUGGCUUUCAACAAAACUAUGGAUCGAUUGACUAGCGGUAAGAAAUCUCUGAGGGACUUUACCUAUACGGACAAGGAAAUUGCCGACGAAAUCUACGCUGCCAUGAACUCCACUCAGUUUCUGGGUGUUUCGGGCGUGGUGGCCUUCAGUUCUCAGGGCGAUCGUAUUGCUCUUACUCAGAUCGAGCAGAUGGUGGACGGAAAGUACGAGAAAUUGGGCUACUACGAUACCCAAUUGGAUAACCUAUCCUGGUUGAAUACUGAGCAGUGGAUUGGUGGCAAGGUUCCUCAAGAUCGCACAAUUGUCACUCAUGUUCUACGCACCGUAUCCUUGCCAUUAUUCGUGUGCAUGUGCACCAUCUCCAGUUGCGGCAUCUUUGUUGCCUUCGCCUUGAUCAUCUUUAAUAUAUGGAAUAAGCAUAGAAGAGUAAUACAAUCCUCGCAUCCCGUUUGCAAUACGAUCAUGUUAUUUGGUGUCAUCAUCUGUCUUAUAUCUGUCAUCUUACUGGGUAUCGACGGACGCUUUGUCAGCCCCGAGGAAUAUCCAAAGAUAUGUCAAGCUAGAGCUUGGUUACUAUCCACCGGUUUUACAUUAGCAUACGGUGCUAUGUUCAGCAAGGUCUGGCGUGUGCACCGAUUUACAACAAAAGCAAAAACUGACCCGAAGAAAAAAGUGGAACCUUGGAAGCUAUACACCAUGGUUUCGGGACUCUUAUCAAUAGAUUUAGUGAUAUUACUCUCAUGGCAGAUCUUUGAUCCGCUGCAGCGUUAUCUCGAAACAUUCCCACUCGAAGAUCCAGUAUCUACUACUGAUGAUAUUAAAAUACGUCCAGAGCUUGAGCAUUGUGAAAGUCAACGCAACUCCAUGUGGUUGGGUCUCGUUUAUGGCUUCAAGGGGCUAAUCCUGGUGUUUGGCCUCUUCUUGGCCUACGAGACGCGCUCCAUUAAAGUGAAACAGAUCAACGAUUCGCGUUAUGUGGGCAUGAGCAUCUAUAAUGUGGUGGUCCUAUGUUUGAUAACAGCUCCGGUGGGCAUGGUCAUUGCAUCGCAACAGGACGCGUCCUUUGCCUUCGUUGCUCUAGCUGUGAUAUUCUGUUGUUUCCUAAGCAUGCUGCUGAUAUUUGUGCCAAAGGUCAUUGAGGUCAUACGUCAUCCCAAGGAUAAGGCCGAGUCGAAAUACAAUCCCGAUUCGGCCAUAUCAAAGGAGGAUGAAGAACGCUAUCAGAAACUUGUUACCGAAAACGAGGAAUUGCAACGAUUAAUAACACAGAAGGAGGAAAAGAUACGAGUCCUGCGACAACGGCUGGUGGAGCGGGGCGACGGGGCCAAGGGCACAGAACUGAAUGGUGCAACAGGUGCCGCCUCUGCCGCCGUCGCGACAACCUCGCAGCCCGCUUCCCUCAUCAACGCAUCAUCCGCACAUGCCACACCUGCCGCCACACUCGCAAUCACACAAGAAAUUUUAGCUAUUUUCGUGGGCAUUGACACAAUUGAUUAGGAACAACAAUAAAAAUGGAGUUCAAAGAUACUCAUGAGCAUCGUACAUGAAAAAACUUGUCAAUUUCCUUUGCGUGAUAGGUGAAUUAUACAGAAAAUAUGAAAUGCAAAUAAGGAUGCUAACGGAGGAAGGAUUUAAUAUUACAAAAGAAAAAAAACGCGUACUUAAUAAACUUUGUAUCAACUUUAAGCUGAGCUAAAUAAGUGAAUUGGUAGCAGCAAUUUUGUAGAAUAAUGAAAUAUGUAUUGUACCUUAAACGUGUUUAGAAUUAAUAUUAAAAACGAAAUACUUUUAACUUACAAAAACAAAAACAUUAGCAUCUGAACUAAGCGAAUUGUUAGGCUUUAAAGUUGAAACACAAAAACCGAAAAAAAUAUAGAUUUAGUAAGUCAAGAAAAUAACUAAAAAGAUCAUGUUAAAGUUAGUAAUUUUUAAACGCAAGAAGAAAACCAAUUGUUUUUGUUUAGUUUAGGCGAAUAUUUUCUGUUUCGAACCUCUGUUGCUCAGUGCUGUCUCCUAGAGCUCUUUAUAAUAGAUCUGCAUAGAUGAAAACCUCCCCCCAAAAAAUGGCGGCCUUCUCCUGUUUCAAAAUUUACGUUAAUUUACGUGUCUUUUUCCGAACCAGGUCGCGGCAAUACAAACCAAAACUCCUAGACUCCGGGAAUCAAACUAUGGAACUCUCUGUCCCUCUCGACAGGAUAAUCGGUUUGAUUCCCAAAAAAAUGUUAGCUAAGUUAGCUUUAGGCACUCUCUGUAUAGGAUCCCAUAUGUGUGUGUGCGUGAGACAGGUGUAAGUGUGCACUCGAUAAAAAGUUUUAAUAGUUUACAUUUUCAGCAAAUCGUAAAUAGCACAAAUCGAAUGAAAAUUCUAGCAAAUAUUAGAUAAUGAAAGGAUAUGUAUACAUUUAGCCUAGACUAGUGUAGGAUCAAAAGUUAAUAUAUUAUAUGGUAUAUAUAUUAUGGGUGGGUUAAGUGCUCAAGAAACGUUUUAAUUUUUAUGUACUGUUAUACAUAGACAAAUUAAAUGGUAAUGAGAAAUUUUUGAACCUACUGUAAGUUCUAAAAUUGCAUUUAUAAAGUAUAUAUAUUAUACACGGGAAAUGAAGCGAAAAAAACCGAAAAUAAUUGAGCGGGCGUGUCGUUAUAUAGGAAUUGACUUUAUUUAAAACUAAAACUGAAACCUAUUGACAAAAUGAUUAAUUCACUCACUUGCAUAACAUACUACGUAUCACUCUCACUCUUCACCCUUCAACGAUAUGGAACCGUUUAAAUUCAAUCACUCUCACAUUCAAUUAAAGAAAUAUUUAAGAAAAAUCCAUCACGAAAAGUGCUAUAAGAAACAUACAUAGACAACAUCAAAUUCCUACGAAAUGAAAGACUUUAAAAUCUAAGCCGUUAAAUAAAAUGCAAAACCAAGCGAAUGAAAUGAAUACUAUACACUCGAUAAACAAUGAUUAUAUAUAUGAAUAUUGAAAUAUAUAUAUAUGAAAUUUACACAUGACAAAGAACAUCUCUAGUACAUUGAUAUUUGUUAAGGAUCGUUGGAAUUUGUAGUUUAAUUGGAUUGUAUUUCAUACAUACACAUAGGGAACGCUGUUAGGGGUAGUCGUGUAACUCGAGAUCAUAUAUAUUGUAUAUAGAGCAUUUAGCUGCGCCUCCUAAAAACACUACAGUAAAAUAGCAACCACAACAGAGCAACCAAAUCUACAAAUGCAACAAUUAAUCGACAUUUAUUUUCGAAUCCGAAUCAAUUAUAUUUGCUUUUGUCCUCGAAUCACAGCCGAAGAUGAACUUCUAGUAAAGUAAGACACAGUUUAGCCAAGCUAAUUGUUGUAUAAAUACGAGUAAAUAGAAAAAACGCAAAGGUUAAAAUAAAUCCAGAUUUAUUUCAAAUGAACACACGCAGAAAAAAGAAAGAGAAAAUCUACUGUUAGUGACAAAAUAAAUAUGAACCAUAGAAAAUGGUAGCAAUAUGCAGGAAAAACAAAUCGUCAAAGUAAUGAAAAACUCGGUAUGUUCUUAUGAAUGUAACAUUAACGAAUUAAUUUAAAGUUUAAUAAAACGGAAUAAAUGAGAAUUUUACUGAAUAAAAAACACAAAACAGAA